AUGACUGUCGAGCCCGAUGACAAGGGCGGGCUCGGGUACAUCUCGAAGAGCGGGGAAUUGGCCGUGACACUCGAGCUCGAGCCGCCCGUCACGGCAAAGUUGGAGCAAUUGAGCUUGGGCUCUGCUUCACCCGCCCCACUUGCUGCUUCUGGGUCGGGUGGUGACGCGGACCCGGAUCCGGCACCAGCAGCAAGUGGCAAGAAGACGAAACGGGCAGGACAUCGGGCAGGCCGCUCACGGACAGCGAGGAAGGACAAAGCUCAAGCUCACAGAUCUGAAGCUGUCUCUCUUGAGCUACUGGUGCACCAGGACCCCUCGGGUCUCCACUCUAGGUCCGGAGAAACGGGCACGGUUCUCUGGCGCUCCAGUCUGGGUUUGGCCGAGAACACUCUAGAGACGCUGCUGUUCGAGCCGCCGGGCUGGCUCGAUUGGAAGGACGUUGGUGUGCUCGAGCUCGGCGCCGGAGUUGGCCUUCUAGCCGUCACGCUCGGGGCAGUGGCACAGCACUGGACGGCGACGGACUACCUGAAUGAGAACCUCAAACUCGUGAAACGGAACUGCGCGGAGAACAGGGACGUGCGGGCUGAGAUUGCCCGUCUCGUUGGCCGACCGCUCACUCAUGUCUCUGAGGAGGUGGAGUGGGAUGACGAUGACGGGAAGGGGAAGAAGGGCCGGCGGAAAACGGAGCGACACACCGCACAAGAGGCAGUGGAGAUGCCGACACUCACGCAGCUGGACUGGACGCACGUAGCUGCGCAGCGCGAGAAGGGCAAAGCGGAGGUGCCGAGGUGUGAUCUGGUACUGGCAGUCGACUGCCUGUACAACGAACAUCUCGUCAAGCCGCUUGUCGACACACUUGCGACGGCGUGUCAAGCUGGCGCGGUGGCUUUCGUCAUCGUUGAGCUGCGAAGCUCGGAUGUGGUGAGUCCCCUUACCCCUCUUAACCCCCCUUCCAUGGCCGAUCUUUCAUCGCCCGACCACCGCUUCAUCGCCUCCCUUUCCACCGCUUGA